CAGCUUUCUCGGCACCAUAUAAGGCCCCGCCCGCCUCGCCGAGUCGCGCGACUCCGAGAGCAGCAUUCUCACGUCUGCCGAGAACUUUAGCAGCCUGACCGACAACCUCGAUUGUCCCACACCACCAGAUAAACUCCAACAUGGGAACCGCUGUCAAGGAUCAGCUGAUUCUGAAUGUUUUAAAGGAAGAACAGGUCCCCCAAAACAAGAUCACUGUUGUUGGGGUCGGUGCAGUUGGUAUGGCAUGUGCCAUCAGUAUCUUAAUGAAGGAUUUGGCUGAUGAACUUGCCCUAGUUGAUGUCAUAGAAGACAAACUAAAGGGAGAGAUGAUGGAUCUCCAGCAUGGCAGCCUUUUCCUCAAAACACCAAAGAUAGUUUCUGGCAAAGACUACAGUGUAACUGCAAACUCAAAGCUGGUAAUUGUUACGGCUGGGGCACGACAACAGGAGGGAGAAAGUCGUCUUAACUUGGUUCAGCGUAAUGUGAAUAUCUUUAAAUUCAUCAUUCCCAAUAUUGUUAAAUACAGCCCUAAUUGCAAGCUACUUAUUGUUUCCAAUCCAGUGGAUGUUUUGACAUAUGUGGCCUGGAAGCUAAGUGGCUUUCCAAAAAAUCGUGUCAUUGGAAGUGGUUGCAAUCUGGAUUCUGCCCGUUUCCGUUACCUAAUGGGGGAGAGACUUGGUGUCCAUUCUUCAAGUUGCCAUGGCUGGGUCCUUGGAGAACAUGGAGACUCCAGUGUUCCUGUGUGGAGUGGUGUGAAUGUUGCGGGUGUGUCCCUGAAGAAUCUUUACCCUGCUUUGGGAACUGAUUCUGAUGCAGAGAAUUGGAAAGAAGUUCAUAAACAAGUAGUUGAAAGUGCUUAUGAGGUGAUCAAGCUGAAGGGCUACACUUCCUGGGCCAUUGGCUUGUCUGUGGCAGAUCUGUCAGAAAGCAUUAUGAAGAAUCUUAGGAGAGUGCAUCCAAUUUCCACUAUGAUUAAGGGCUUAUAUGGCAUUAACGAAGACGUCUUCCUUAGUGUCCCAUGUAUCUUGGGGCAAAAUGGAAUUUCAGAUGUGGUGAAGGUAAACCUGAACUCAGAGGAGGAGGCCCGUUUGAAGAAGAGUGCAGAUACCCUUUGGGGAAUCCAGAAGGAACUGCAGUUCUAGAAGUUUUUGUGUUGCUGCUAGACUGUCUAGAGAAGGUGACAGUGGUUAAGGGAUGAUGUAUGAUGCGCUUUUCAAGUAGGUCAAAUCCUUCCUCUGAGUGAUUGAACACCAGAAAUAUAAAAGCUAGGAACACUCUAUAGUCUCUUCCUGAAGUUAGAAAUGGGGGAUGGUACAAUGUGACUGCUGUAUUAAACCCCUGUUGUUUGCAUAUGAUGCUGGAUGUGACUUGUACAGUCUUGAAGUAGUUGCUGUCGAGCAGAGCCAGCACCCCCCACUUAGAUUAACUACCUGCCUUGUAAGGGCUAUGCGUUCCUGUAGGUCCAGAAGAUGGCAUUUGUGGACACAAAGUACCCUAUGGUAGUAGUACUUUAUUGAUGCAUUGAUUACCUUUGUGCUGCCCUGAAUUAGGGCGCUGCAGCAUGGCCCCAUGUAUCACCUUUCCAGAGGACCUGAUUUUGUCUACCUAUACAUAUCAAUAGUUGUAAAUUUCCAUAUUAUAUAAAAAGAUCUAUAAAUGUACAAUGAUGCAACCAAAUUGUCAAGUGUCAUACUAACCCAAAUAUUGAAUAAAUAACAAAAAUAAA